AUGGCGACGGCGACGGCGGUGGCGGCGGGGGCCGGGGCCGCGGCGGGAGCUGAGUCGGCCGAGGGGCCCCGGGGGCCGACGCCGGCGCUGGAGCUAUGGCUCAAUAAAGCCACAGACCCAAGCAUGUCAGAACAGGAUUGGUCAGCUAUCCAGAAUUUCUGUGACCAAGUGAACACUGAUCCCAAUGGCUCAACCCAUGCACCCUGGCUGCUGGCCCACAAGAUCCAGUCUCCGCAAGAGAAAGAAGCUCUUUAUGCCUUAACGGUGCUGGAGACAUGUGUGAACCACUGUGGGGAGAAGUUCCACAACGAGGUGGCCAAGUUCCGCUUCCUGAACGAGCUCAUCAAAGUGCUGUCCCCAAAGUACCUAGGCUCCUGGGCUACAGAAAAAGUUAAAGGAAGAAUCAUUGAAAUACUCUUCAGUUGGACAGUCUGGUUUCCAGAGGACAUCAAGAUCCGAGAUGCUUAUCAGAUGCUAAAGAAACAAGGAAUCAUAAAGCAAGACCCUAAACUUCCAGUGGAUAAAAUCUUGCCCCCACCUUCUCCCUGGCCCAAGAGCUCCAUCUUUGAUGCUGAUGAAGAAAAGUCAAAGCUUUUGACAAGGCUUCUGAAGAGCAACCAUCCUGAGGAUCUUCAGGCUGCAAACCGGCUGAUCAAGAAUUUAGUCAAGGAGGAACAAGAAAAAUCAGAAAAGGUGUCCAAGAGGGUCAGUGCUGUGGAGGAAGUUCGGAGCCAUGUGAAGGUGCUGCAGGAAAUGCUGAGCACGUACCGCAGGCCAGGGCAGGCCCCGCCAGACCAGGCGGCCUUGCAGGUCGUGUAUGAGAGGUGUGAAAAGCUGCGGCCCACCCUAUUCCGGCUGGCGAGUGACACCACGGACGACGAUGAGGCGCUCGCGGAGAUUCUCCAGGCAAAUGACCUCCUCACCCAGGGAGUUCUGCUGUACAAACAGGUGAUGGAGGGCCGUGUCACCUUCGGGAACACAGUGGCCAGCUCUGUGGGAGACAUACCUGUGUCCAGAGUCUUUCAGAAUCCAACAGGCUGCAUGAAGAACUGCCCCCUGAUUGACCUGGAGGACAAUGGGUCUGAGCAGGCUGGGACAGUGGCGCCGUCUUUACUGCAUCAGGACCUGGCAGCCUUAGGAAUCAGUGAUGCCCCAGUUACCAGCAAGGUUGCAGGGCAGAAUUGCUGUCCGGAAAAGACGAACCCCACCAGCAGUGCGCUGCCAGCUGGUGGCGCUCAGAGCCCUUCUGCAGAAAGGAACCUGCUGGACCUCCUGUCCCCACAGCCGCCUCCGGGAUCUCUGAAUUAUAUUCCACAGAAAAGUAUCCCCAAGGAAGUACCACCAGGUACCAAGUCCUCUCCAGGUUGGUCCUGGGAGGCCGGCCCGUUGGCUCCUUCCCCAUCUUCCCAGAACACUCCUCUGGCUCAACUGUUUGUCCCUUUGGAGUCUGUUAAGCCCAGCAGCCUGCCUCCUCUUAUCGUGUAUGACCGGAAUGGAUUCAGAAUUCUGCUCCACUUUUCUCAGACUGGAGCCCCCGGCCACCCGGAGGUGCAGGUGCUCCUGCUGACCAUGAUGAGCACCGCCACCCAGCCUGUCUGGGACAUCAUGUUUCAAGUGGCUGUGCCAAAGUCAAUGAGAGUGAAACUGCAGCCGGCGUCCAGCUCUAAGCUUCCUGCUUUCAGUCCUUUGACACCUCCAGCUGUGAUCUCUCAGAUGCUGCUGCUGGACAAUCCACACAAAGAGCCCAUCCGGUUACGGUAUAAGCUGACAUUCAAUCAAGGUGGACAGCCUUUCAGCGAAGUAGGAGAAGUGAAAGACUUUCCUGACCUGGCAGUCCUGGGUGCAGCCUGACACCUCCUAGGACAGAUCCUGCCAUUCAAGCUUAGGCCAAUGUUCCUUUUGCUGUCUAGAUAGGACUGAUCAUGGUGAUUUAGUGCAGAGUGCCAAGAGUUCUGUCCUGACAUCAGGCUCUGGAUGCCAGCCUCUGACUUAUUCUGCAGGUGUGUGUGUGUGUGUGUGUGUGUGUGUGUGUAUGUAUGUAUGUAUGUGUGUGUGUGUUGCCAGGGGGCUGAGAGGGAGGGAUGAAGGCAGUGUGGGAAAUGCUAAAACAUUUCUGAUAACCAUCUGCUACGGUCAUGUCUGGUUUUGCAUGUUGGUGGACACUGAUGUCCCUGCCUCAGGUUGGAGGUUUUAUAAGCCAAAGUUGUCACUGUUGUUUUCCAUGUAUUAUUACCUUUUCAUUCAUCCACUCUGUGCCUUGUCAGCCUCUGAAAGUCUUGGUUGCUCCCAGGCUGCUGUUCUCAGGGACCCAUAAGGGACCUGGUUGGUUCUUGGGGCAGAGUGUCUUCUGGGAUGCUCUCUUCCAAGAAGGACCUUGUCUCCAUUUCCAUUAGCAAAUGCUGCUUGCAUGUGUCCAGGAAGAUCUUCUGAAUGGAAUGCUUGUUGCACUGUGUCCUAGGCAAGGGGUUGCCACUGGACCAGAGGACCGCACUUGGUGGGCCAGUCAUGUCCUUUACCACUGUGCCUUAGAAUCGCCCAUAGAUGGACCCUUCAGGGCAGAAGGGAAAGCAGAUCCCAGGCCUUAUUUAGGCCUCAGGUUCCAUGGGCUGGGCAGCCUGUCUGGACCCUUCCUCAGGACCCUCAUCUCCAUCCUCGCCCUCUUUCUCUGCAACCAUUUCCCCAGAACUCUGAUGGUGGCACCAUGCCAGUCGUUGUAAGUCAUGACUGACAGGUUCACCCUGGCCUGUUGACUUCACAAUCCACAGUGAAGAACUGUGAUGCAAAUGAGAUACGAAAAGAGUUUAGCAAUGAUUCAAGUGCUGACUAAAUCUAGGAAGUCAUUAUUGAAUAAAUACCUGUGUAACAAA